AAAAGUUAUAAAAGGAAAAAUGGCCUCAUGGUGCAUUACGUUUUGGUGCUGCACAUAUGUGGGAGUGACGCAAUCACAAACUUCUUAAACCAAUAUUGAGAGUAAAAGACCGUGGAAGAUACAAGCAUCAAGACCAGUUUUCCUGUGGAACUUUGCCAAAAUGUUCCCUUCGUUGUCUGUCUUUUUGAUUAUGGUUAGCUUUUUCUAGAUCAAAGUAUCACCAACGACCUUCUUUUUCUCUAUAUAAAGAGAAGUGAUUAACUCACAUAGACACACAUAUACGGAGAGUAAAGCAUAUGCACAUACUCUCCCGGCCCCUAAACUUUGGUGUCUCUAAGAAUGAGUUUUCCUACACAAAUGAAGGACAAUCACACAGCCCUCCUACUUGUAUUCAUGUCUCUUCUGAUCUCACUCGUGAAUAUCGAAAAUUACUUGCUCACCGCUGUCGACGCCAAAAGCAAUGUUUACAUCAUCCAUAUGGGGAAAAAACAGCGUGAAGAUGCAAAGCUCCUGAAGAAAACUCAUCACGAGGUGCUCGCUAAAGUUCUCGGAAGCAAAGAAGAAUCUGCAAGAGCCAUGGUCUACAGUUACAAACAUGGCUUCUCUGGUUUUGCGGCCAAGAUGACAGAAAGCCAAGCCCAAAAAAUUUCUGAGUUACCUGGUGUGGCACUGGUUAUACCAAACGAGCUUUACAAGGUCCAAACGACAAGAAGUUGGGACUAUCUUCAACUCUCGUCGCGUUAUCAAACCCAUUUUCUGCAGAAAUCCAAACUGGGUGAAGAUGUGAUCAUAGGUCUCUUUGAUACAGGAAUAUGGCCGGAAUCGGAGGCGUUCAGCGACAAAGCCGGAUCGUCGGUGGCGGACAGGAGCUACAACGGAUUGGGCGUCGGGACGGUGAGGGGAGGCGCAACGCAGGCGCGGAUCGCGAUGUACAAGGUUUGCUGGAGCGUGUUUGGCGGCGGAUUGUGCGCCGGCGCCGACAUACUCAAGGCGUUCGACGUGUCGGUGCGUGACGGCGUCGAAGUCGUGUCGGUUUCGAUCGCCGCCGACGUGCCUUCGUAUCCGGAGGCGGACCAGAGGAACGCGAUCGCCGUCGGGGCGUUCCACGCGGUGGCGAAGGGCGUAGCAGUCGUAUGCGCGGCGGGGAACUCGGGGCCGAGUCCGCAGACGGUGCAGAACACGUCGCCGUGGAUCUUGACCGUCGGAGCGAGUAGCGAUGACCGUUCCUUCCCUACUCGCGUCAAGCUUGGGAACAACUGGACCAUUGCAGGUCAAGCCAUGUUUACAGGAAGCGAUACAGGGUUCAUCAAGUUGGCAUAUCCUGAGGUUUCUGAUCUCAAAUAUCCUUGUGAUUGCAAAUCUCUGACGGAAGAAGAUACAUGGGCGAAGAAAACCGUGGUGCUCUGCUUCACAACAGCGUUCCGGGAGGGUUCGGUGGAGGAGUCUGCGUCUUCCAUUAGAAAGGCCGGCGCUCUUGGCCUCAUCGUCGCUGAAAAUCCGACUCGAUCGUUGUAUGUGUGCGACGACGACUUUCCCUGUGUUCAAGUCAGCUAUGACAUUGGCAUGAAGAUUCUCUACUAUAUCCGUUCCUCUAGGUCUCCAAAAGUGAGGAUUAGCCCUACAAAAACGCAUGAUGGCAGACCCGUGUCCACCAAACUUGCAUAUUUCUCUUCUCGAGGGCCUAGUUAUGUUGCCCCGGGAGUGUUGAAGCCAGAUAUAGCAGCACCAGGUGUGAACAUAUUGUCAGCAGUCUCUCCAUCUGACCCAAAAGCAAACAGUGCAUUUGCAUUCAUGUCCGGAACAUCCAUGGCGGCUCCUCAUGUGUCUGGAAUCGUUGCGCUGCUGAAAUCGUUGCACCCCGACUGGUCUCCUGCGGCUAUCAAGUCUGCCAUUGUCACAACAGCAUGGAACACGGAUCCAUCAGGCGAGCUGAUAUUUGCAGAAGGGGAGCCAAUGAAGCUGGCAGAUCCGUUUGAUUUCGGAGGCGGGAUAGUAAACUUCAACAGGGCAGCAGACCCCGGUCUUGUUUAUGACAUGGGUACAGAAGAUUAUCUCCAUUACCUCUGUGCUAUGGGCUACAACAACUCUGCCAUUUCCCAGCUCAGAGAACAUCCAACCUCAUGCCCAACCAAAAGACCCUCAGUUCUGGACUUAAAUCUGCCUUCCAUAACCAUACCGUCUCUUACAAAGCCGACCAAACUAACCAGAACUGUUAGAAAUGUUGGACAUGCUAACUCUAGUUACAAGGCUGUUGUCAAGCCUCCUCAAGGCAUUAGAAUAUCAGUACGGCCUCGUCUAUUGACCUUCAACGCCACAAACAAUACAAUUUCCUUCACCGUAGCCGUUUCGUCGACUCACCGGGUCACUACUGGGUACUAUUUUGGGAGCCUGACUUGGACUGACGGCGUCCAUACUGUUAACAGUCCGAUAUCAGUGAGAACUGAGAUCCCAAUCCUCUCCUAACUCUUAACAUUAGUGGUACAAGUGCCACCCCUUUUCUUGAAAAAGUGUAAAUCUA